AUGGCGACCACUACUGCGACGACGACCACCACCACCUCGUACUAUCCUUCUACGCAGUGCACGCAUAUUGAGCUCGAUCUGAGCGCCUGUCACCUUGGCCCCAAUUCCAUUGCCGACAGGAUCAAUGAUGUCGUUCCUGGGCUGAAGACGAGUACUGCCUUCUUCCACUUCCUGAGGGCAAACCUCGCUCUCCAGCCCUCCUCCCUCUCGUCUAACGUCUCAACUCCUCUUCUUGAGCCACUGGCGAUCCCCAACAAUCCCGCCGGCCCUGCUCUCUCCCCCUCCCCCCUCGGCAGGAUCCUUACCACCACCACCUCUACUCCUACUACCAUCAACACCAGGCGACCUGCCUCGCCCCGCCGCCAGCCCCCCCGCCGCCUGGACGACGACCUCAGCAUCCCGCCGCUGUCCCUCGACAUCCUCACCAGCCAAAGCGACAAGACCGCCGCUCUCGCCCUCAUAGCUGACUCCAUCGCCCAGCAGCGCCCUCGCGCAGCCAUCAGCCUCGCCUCCCACCCGCUCCUCCUCGCAGGUCUCGCCCUCGCCCUCGCUCUCACCUACAAGCUCGCCUGGGCCACCCGAACCAUCCUCGCGGUAGCUCUCGCCGCUGGCUUCGUCGUUGCCUACCUCGUCGCCAUCCAUCGCGCUACCGCCGGCUACAGUCAGCUCGCUCAGGACCUGGACGACGACUUUCUUACCGCCACCACCAGCUCCUCCUCUUCCUCUGCCUCGGCAGAUGCAGCGGCCAGCGGCGAGGACAUUGUGAUCGGUGCCCACCUCGGCACCAAGCUCGUUGGCGCCUGUGUCCUCCGCCUCGAGCCCGGCCCCCCAACCGCCUCCUCCCCCCGCAGCAGGCGCAACCGCCACCACCCACAGUCCCACCGUCGCGGCGGCCGUGGUGUCCUCCGUGCGUGGACGGUGCGCACCGACUGUCGUGGCCAGGGCGUGGGCGCCGACCUACUCCGCGAGGCGGUGCGCACCACGCGGGACCGAUGUGGGCGCGAGGCCGAGGUUGGGUUUGCGGCAGAGCACGCCAACAGUGCUGUGUUUCUGCCUGAGAUGUUCAAUCGGGCUUUGAGGCUGGGCGAGAGGCGGGCUGCUGGGGCGCUGGAGAGGGUUUUGGGGGAGUGGGAUGGCAUGAGGAGGAAGAGGUGAAGAGAGGAAGUCUCUAUUUGUUUCUUUCUCUUUCCGCCCCCUUUUUAUUGCAGAAAAGGAGUAGAAAAAAAAAAAAAAAAAGGGAAGGAAGACAAAAAGAAGAUGGAAUCUAUAAGAGCCAGUGUGGAACGAGAGUCUGAGAGAGUCUGGGACCGGCAAUGGCGGAGAUUGGUUUUUUGGUUUUUUUUUUGGAUUGGACAUGUUUUGUUGGCCGGCGUGCAAUGUUCUUGCUUCUUAUGAUACCACUUUCGUUUCUUUCAAGACAAGAGAAGAGCAUGAGGAGGAGAUGGCUGAACGGACAGAGUCGAUAUCUGGGUCAUUCGUUUGCAUCUCAUCUACAUCUGGACAGGGACGGGCUACAGGAUAUUGUUUUUUUGUUGUCUUAUUUUCUCUGGUUUGUUCUUUCUUUUUUGUUUGGAUGAUACCCCAUUUCUCUCAUUCUUCCAAGACAUGGCGGUCGUGUACGCCCUUGUUGUGGCAGUACGAAGGAAAGAGACGGAACUGAUCUGGAUCAUGUUGGGAAACAUAUACCCACCGCGUAGAACGCUCAUUAAAUAAUCAACAUCUAAUCCUGACGAGGAACUCGUACAUUGUUC